AUGUGCCCUCCAACCGAGGAAGUGAAAGUGUCCGACGGCAAUCGGGUUUUCGUCGAGAAGUCAUCUUAUCGCUUUGUCAAUGCCCCAUCGGGCACUGUCUUCACCUGCUGGACGGCCUUGUCCAAAACUAUGAUCGGCACGGGAAUGCUGGCUUUGGCCUACGGCUUCUCCCA